GGAGGUCCUGCGACACUGACUCGCUUCGUUGGGCAAUAUAAGUACAGGCUGAAUCGUCUCUCGUCUCAGGCCUGGAUCAAACUUAAGAAGGUAGGAUGCUUGCAUUACAUGGCUAUUUAAAGUUUUGCUCCCCCUACCUCUUUUUGUUGGUUGGUUUGUUUUCUUGUUGUUUUAAAGAGGAGUUUUUGAAGGAGCCGGGUAAAAUAUUAAUUGAAGAGAAAUAAAACUAAUUCAAAUCAAAUUUGAUCAAGAUCGGAAGAAAAUAAGCAGCAGUAUGUAGGAAACACAAAGAUGUAGUUUAGUUAUCUCUGAAAUGAAAUAAAAACUGGAUAUUGUCAGUAGACGUUCUUCAGUAAGAGUCUAGCUCGCCAUAUCACGAGACGUAAACUCGAUUAACCUGUAAUAACAUGAAGCAAUUCAAACUUCCUUCUAAGAAAAUUUAGAGGUUAUUCGGUCUACGGAUAGACAAUUUUAAUUUCAAUGUGGUUUCGUUGAUUUUUUUCCUUCGGUGGCAAGUAAGAGCUGCCACGUUCACGUAAUUCCGGAAAUGGUUCAUAUAAAUGCUGGUUCAGCAUUAAUAUGUUUUCGAUCAGGAAAGUGUUGUCAAAAUUCGUUUUGCGCUCAGUAUCAUUCUCAUCAUUCAGUAACAAGAACCUGUUUAUUACAGGUAAGAAGUGUGUCUAAAUAAAAAUAAAGAUGAUGGAAAACAUUUUAAAUGAUCACACUCGUCAUUUUGAUGACCCCAGUUGGAUGACAUUUUUUGCAUCCGAUUGAUAAGGCAAACGGUUUACUUUUUUUAAGUCAACAGAAGCUCUGUUUUAAGAUCGAAUAUCAUCAAAAGCAUUGAAUCGCAAGCACAAAAGUUUAGAGUAAUGUAAAGUAAACCCACAAAGAAUAACUGAUACAUUGUGAGCAUUAAAAUUAUUCAUUCGCAAGUUGAAUAUUUAACACAGACUUACAUAAAAGUUCGUGUUUGAACCUGAAUUAAAUACGUUACGUGCGUAAAAUAAAAGACUAAGGAUUGUAAAAGCUUGGACUUGACAUGCUAAUCAAAACCUAAAACAGCUGGAAGGUAAGUUUGUUUCUUCUAAAACUUAAAACUGCUAUUAUAUACAGAAAGAAUAUAAACGAUAUUGGGGAACGUAGAUAGUUAUGUUAUGUAUUAGUCGGUACAAAACGCUGCCUUUCGAUUCUGGCAGAUCAUGAUAUGUUUGACAAUAAUGGCUCCAAAAUGGGUGAAAAAGAUUGGAAACAAGUUCAGGCCUCCACGUUACUCGAAUUCGUCGUAAUGACUUAUCCGAAAUAACGUUUAAAAAUAUAUUUCUAAAAUAUCCUGUAAUCGUUUACAACCCUCCAUUAUCGAUGAUUGAUUUAUCGAUUUUUUUGUGCAUUACACGUCUUGCUAUCCCUCCAUUUGAAACUGAACGGGGAGCACUAUGAAUUGAUAACCCAUGAAAUCCUUUGAAUGUAUUCAUGGCAUAUUUGCAGGAUAUCCAAAUGUUUUUCAUGCCAUUUUCACAGUGUUAUUUUUCUGGUUUCCCAUUGGUUUGAUACCACGAAAAAUUCAUUAUACCCGAGCAAAAACCAUGGUUAAAGUUUGGUGUUGAUUUCUAAUGUUUUUGUUUUAUGAUGAUGAAAAUCCUAUAAUCAAACAGCACAAGUUCAAGGAAAAUGUCGUCGGUUUCCCAUGGCAUUACAAGAAACUCAGAGUCAUGAAAAACGUGUGGCUUCCCCCUAAACUUGGAAUUAUUAAUGGUUCAUGGAAAUGUUCUAAGCAAGUUUAUGGACUUUUCAUUGCAUUGUAAUGACCCGUGAAAAUCUAUGCUGAUACGCUGAAAGUCGUUUCAUCUGGAGAGGGGGGAAGCAUGCACCCUGGAAGAAGAUUUAUAAUUAUUAUAAAUUUAUUUAAAGGACACUCCUUGCGUGCAUUUUUAAACAGGGUAUGCAUCCCUCAUUUGAGCUUUUCUUGUAACUUUUUCCAUGACCUUGUCCAGUUUUUCAUGACCUUAAGUUUAGAGUGAUGGGAAGGAAACCAAGGAAGAAUAAGGAACCAAUAGAUUGAGAGCCUUUAAAUUAUUCAUCCGCAAAUUAAAUGCUUCAAACAGAUUUACAUAAAAGUUCGUGUUUGAGCCUUAAUCAAAUAAGUGACGUGCGUAAUAAGCGAUCGAGGAUUGCAAACAUGCUAAUAAAAACCUAAAAGAGCUGAAAGGUGAGUUUUGUUUCUUUGAAAACUUAAAAAACUUGGCCUUGUAAUUUACAGAAUAAUACUGUUAUGAUAUGCCAAAAGAGAGUAUAAAACAUCGGGAAAGUAGAUUGUUACGUUAAGUAUUAUUCGAUACAAAACGCUGCCUUUCGAUUCUGGCACAGCAUCAUGAUAUGCUUGACAAUAAUCGCUCCAAACUGGGGACAAAAAAGACUGGAAACAUGCAGGUUCAUGCCUUUGAGUUAUCGAAUUCGUUGUUAUGACUAAUCCGACAUUACAUUAAUUUUCUUUCAAAAAUAGCCUACAAUCUUUUACAGCCUUCCAAUAGCCUUGAUUAAUGUAUUACAUUUGCAUGGCAUUGACCAGCUUGCACAUCCUGCCAUCUCUCCAUUUGAAACUAAGCGGGGAUGUUAUAAAUAUCAAGUGCUCUGCCACACUGACUCACUUUGUUGUAAGCACAGGCUGAAUCGUCUCUCGUCUUAGACCGGGAUGAAACUUAAGAAGGUAGGGAUGCUUGAAUUCCUUGGAGAUUUAAAGUUUUGAUGUUAGUUUGUUUGUUUUGUUGUUGUUUUGAAGAGGGGUUUAUGAAGAAGCAGGGUAAAAUAUCAAUUGAAGAGGAAUAAAACUAAUUCCAAUUAAAUGAUCAGGAAAAAAAAUACGCAGCUGUAGGUAGGCACCACAAAGUUUAGUUGUCUCUUAAAUGAAAAGAAAGCUGGAUUGUCAGUUGACGUUCUUUAACGAGUCUCGCCAUAUCAGGAGACAUAAACUCGAAAACUUGUUAUCAUUCAGCAAUUUCAUCCUUUCUUCUAAGAAAAAAAAAUAGGUCUUAUUUGGUCUAUGGAUAAAGAUGUUUAGAAUGUGGUCUGGUUGAAUUUUUUUUCUUUCGGUGGCAAGUAAGAGCUGCGACGUUCACGUAAUUCUGGAAAUGGUUCAUAUAAAUGCUGGUUCAUUAUAACCUAUUUUCGAUCAGGAAAUUAUUGUCAAAAUUCGUUUUACGCUCAGUAUCAUUCUUAUCAUUCAGUAACAAGAACCUGUUUAUUACAGUGAAAAAUAAAGAUAAAAAUAAACAUGAAGGAGAAGAGUCUUUAAUAGGGACAGUAAACAUGUAGCUGUUUAUAGCUUCUUCAAAAACAAAUUAGUAAUUAGUCAUUCGCUAUUUUAACACACAUUGUGCUGCUUUGCGUGAAAACGAGCACGUUCAGAUACAACUGUGACGUGAUUUACAUACGCCUCUUUUAAAAAAUACCAUCAUACUAUUUGUUGUCUCUCUAAAAUUUUGCAUAAGUAUUCUUUUUAAUUUCUAAUAAUGGAACUUACAAUUGCCCCGAUGUUUUGGAGGGACAACAAAUAGUAUCCGGGUUUUAUCAUUGCGUGAGUAAACGAGGGUUGCAAUAGCCCAUUUCCGAUUUUCCCCGGGCCUCUGUUUCAAAACGAAGGAAAGGUGCUCCGCCUUUGAUAUGGAAAUCAUUUUUCAUUCUCAUGCAAGGAAAACUCGUUUUCACAAGAGAGGUUGUGCACCUAGCCUCAUUUUGAAAGAGAGGGUUUUUGGAUAUCGGAAGCCUAUUGCUUCGGACCUAUCCUUUUAGUGGGGGAAUUGAAACGGCUGAAAGGUGACACAAAUUCUUGUAAAUUAUUACUAACGCAGAAAAGCAACAGUUUUGCCGACGAACUAAAGAAGUUCUGCCUGUAACAUAAAAAGCAAAUCGGAAACCUCAUCAUCAUGUGAGCAUUACAUGUAUUAGCUUGCAUCAAACGGCUUAAAAGCAGCCAUACGAUUCUGGUACAACUAAUUACUGCUAGCACCAAAAUUAAUUCUCCAAAAUGGGUAAAAAGGACUGCAAUAGUGUCUAUGUUUUACAACUAGAAACACUUCCUACAGCCUGCAACCGCUUAGAGGUUUACUAAAAUAGAAACAAGCAGAUUUUAAAAAAAGGAAGUUGUGAUCCGAUCCUAUUCUAACAAGGAAAAUGAGUAAUAAAUAUAUCAUUAUGGAAAAGUAUGACUUAAGUAUACACAGCUUUUCUUUAAAUUUUUUCUGGGUCAUGCAUUUGGGUAAAAUAGGUCCUAAGAACUUGGCUCCUAUACUUCACAGCUCCCAGCGAGGACGGGGCCAUGCCCCUCACUCAACUUCGCAGCAGUAACCAUUAAAAGUAGGUUGAGUUUGAUCGUCCGGGUGAACGUAGUCCUGAACAGGACUGUUGUUGUUGACAGUGACUGACGUUUCGACAACCUGUGCUGUAGUCAUCUUCAGAGUCAAAGUGAGUUGUAUCACGUCAGUUGAUGGUUUAUACUCUGGUUAUUGAUCUGAUUGGUCAUUUACGUCGCGACGUUAUUGGUCAUCUUUCAGUUCAGCCGUGAUGUUAUUGGCUAUGAAGACUCUUAAUCAGUAUUGGUGCGUUUCGAUCCGUAUGUUGUCACAGUUAAACAGUCGUCUAUUGUCAGUUCUCCAGUCGUUCUCUGGUAGUUAUUUUUGCUUGAUCUCGUCAAUAAGUCGUUUGCACGGGGCUGGUAACUGUUGGCUACGAUUCAGUGGUGUUUGUUCUCCUUCAUUCAUUCAUUUUAUUUUGCCAUUAACCAGAAAUGCAACAACAGUAUACAGAAAUACAUUGAAGAUAAUAGCGGAGCUCCACCCGCGCGCGAAGCGCGCGCGUGGACGAAGCCCCAUAGCUAAGGAAAUGUGGUAAUCUACCUAUUCGAGAAAAUUUGGUAAUCACGUGACCGUACGCCCGACCGUCCGUCCGCACCACAGCGAAACCAAUGUUUACUCUCACACUUUGGGAGCCCAAUAGAAAACUAAUUGCACGUCAAUGUUGUGAUCAAUUGACAGCUGUCAAAAAAGGAUAUCCGCUGACCAGUAUCAUUUGACCGUACCGCGAGCUCAAGUAUCGACCCAUCGAGGUCGAAUACUUUUUUGAAGUUAUCCGCUGACAAAUUGCCAGUUUCAAAUGAUCGCAGGCUCAAGUCUAUUUUUUUUAAUGAUUCAUAUGAAAUAUGUUGUGUUUAUGUCACUAUGGUCCCGCACUGUUAAGAUUUUGAUUUCAAACUGACCUCAGACGCGAAAAUUCAGCCACUUUUUUAAAAAUAAAGGCGGGGAAGACCUUUUCUUACCAUGGUCACGCGUUGGUCACGCUCUACGUCCAAUUAUUGUACUCUGAGUGGUCAAAAUUUGACAGGUGAGUUCAUGCGGAAAAUGUAUGCAGCAUCUUGAAGGUUGUUUACUUUGACAGCUAAAGCUGACUGAGUUUUGUGUCAACUUGUGAUGUUUUUAACUGUCUUUUUCCACUGGAUCUACAAAAUGAAAUACAGCUGCUAUCAAGAGCCUUCUGUUAUCCAUGGCUGGUUUGUUUAUUGGAUUUUUGGUUGAGAAAUGCGUCGCUUGUUAAAAUUGGGUAAUCUGAUUUCGGAUGGCAUCGUUUUCGUCUUUCACCUUGCUCAAUGCGUAAGAGGGUUUAAAAGUCUCAAGCAACUAUGGCCUUCCUUGAUAUCUUUCAGGAACUGAAUCUCGAAAGGGAGGCCUGAGUAAUUAUUGUAUUUGUUGUUUGUUUUUGUUAUAUCUAAUUUCAUGAAGUCGAGCACAGUUUAAGCGGCAAGUUUUUGCACGUUUGUUAAGAUUUGAGUCAAUGAUCUGAUCUAGUAUCAGGUUUGAUAUAAGCUUACCGAACUUUAAAAGGCCUUCAGAUAUAUUUUCUCACGGCAAACAGAAAAAAAAAGUUUCGAAUAAUAUUUAGUUAUAAAUUUGGCUGUAGAAAGAAAACUUUGAGUGAUAUUCUUGCUUCGAGGAGUUCAUCUUUGACAAAAAACAAACACUGGGAGGCCGGCUAAAAGUAAAACAAAAUAAACUUAAGCUUAAGCUUUAAGCUUAAAGACUCAGGAUUUUUAGAGACACUUUAAUACUUGUCUUCGUGAAUGAAAAUUGUUGUCUCUGUAAAUGUUUUACCGAAUUAUACUUCUUUUAUUGAUUGUUAGUAGUCUCUCUUGCAAUUUUCAUCGCUUGUCCGUGGUGUUUGUUUUCAUCGUUCAUGAACAUCGCUUGCAGGAGUACUUAGAAAUGUCGCGCGUAUCAAACGCUUUAUAAGAUUACACACCGUUCUAACUUUUAACCAUUAAAUAACAAAAAAUAAUGAUAAUAAAUUCGUUAUUAUGUUGAAGCGUUUCUUCAUUAAAGUUCUUUCAAACACUCGACCACACUGACAGCUUGCACUAAAAAUGAGAACCGGCUGGCCCUAUGGGUGAUUUUGGAAAUUUUUUGAACGGUUUCGCUAAAAGCCCACGAUUGAUCGUCCUGAAAAUUGAAAAAUUGUGAAAUGCCGUAUUCUGUCCGAGGUCUGUAUGAUAAAAAGUACUGUUUUUCCUCAGAUGUGAUAUAUAAAAAGUAUAAAAGGUUGGUUUACACACCCUCAGAUUUGUUGGCAAGAAUUUGUAAAGUAAACCUGUCGAACGUAAAAAAAUGCGGCCUGUUUUGUUUUCCAAGAAUUUGUUUUCGAGGCCUAAUCUACUGUGAUCAAGAGCCAUUAUGGCUCUUGAAUGUGAUAGAAGAUGUUUGCUAUUUUUUGGGUGUACAUACAUUUAGGCUAUCAACUCGAUGUAAGAUGUUUCACUCUAGAAAAACUUAUCCUUUCCCUCAAAAGUCACAUGAACGUGCCCUUAAGUUAACUGAUUUGUGGAUUACAAGUUUAUUGUUUGAUUUAAAGUAUAAAUUUAUAAAUGGAAGCUUCGCUUUUAGCCCUGGCUAAAUCUAUAUAAUAUAUAUAAUAAUAUUAUACAAUAUUCCAACUAAGUUAUUUACAAGAUCAAAUGUGGUAAAGGCAAGGAAGCCUAUAUAGAAGCCGGGGGCUUAUAAACUAUGGGCUUCCUGGAACUAUAGGGUAAACCAUACAAGUUAAGGGUACUGAAUGAAAAUUUGGAUUCAGUUUAAAAAAAAAAAAAAAGAAAAAAGAGAAAAAAGAAAAGAAAAGGUGUGUAGCUCAACAAAGAGUCAAUUUAACUAAGAAAGAAGGAAUUUUUUGUCUUUUGCCAAACAAACUGAUACUUUCACUGUUUUGAAUUUCCCGACUUAGCGAGUUGAAAAACGUAGGACCUUGAAACCGAAUUGAGAAUUUUCGAAAAUUAGUUCGACAAUGAGGUAUAUAGAAAAGGCUGGAAUUUCUUGUAUUAUAAGAAUGUAUCUGGCUUGCAAGAGUAAACAUAUCACGAAAAUAAUUUGGAAGUAAGCCUCUUUAAAAAGAUAAAUAAAUUUACCUAUUUGGUAUAAAUAAAUGUCCAAGAAUUGUAAAACCUCCUUGUCUUUAAAAAGAACACCGGUAUGAACAUCAAAAGAAACUUUAGAUAUUAUUCUGAUUAUCUUCUUUUGCAGAAUAAUAAUCCGAUUUAAAUUAGACUGAUAUGUCGAUCCUCACUCUGAAACACAAUAAGUUAAGUAAGGGUAAACUAGACUUUAGUACAAGGAGCGCAAGGAAGUUUUGGGAAGGCAAAAACUUGACUUAUAAAUAAUACCUAUUGAUUUUGAUAUUUUUCUAGAAACGCUAAGAAUGUGAGGUUUCCAUGACAAAUGCUCAUCGAGGAUAACACCUAAAAAUACUGUUUCUUCCACACGUUCAAUAACAUUGUUGUCAGUUUGGCGUGGUCUAAAAACCAUAAAAAUGAUUUUUUAAAGUUAAUGGACAGUUUAUUUGCUCGUCACCAUUGGUUAAUUUAGGCAUUUGAGAAUUCAAGAUUUCUGGAAGCAAGUUAAAAUCUUUGUGGGAGAAAAAUAUGUUUGUGUCAUCAGCAAAACGAAUAAAGUCCACGACCUUUGACACGUUACACAGAUCAUUUAUAUAGAGUAGAAAGAGCAGGGGGCCUAGUAUAGAGCCCUGAGGCACCCCGCACUUUAUUUCGCAAGACUCUGAAGUGAUACCAUUAAAUUCCACAUAUUGUUGUCUAUUGCUUAGAUAGUUCUAAGUUAGUAAACCAGCUUUCUAAAGCAAGACGUUGAUAGUAGUCUGUAGAAUACGUUAUACAUGUCGCAGAGUCCCAGUCAAUUUGAUGUUAUGGUGCUAAGCAAUGUGAUUGUUGACGUCACCAUUCCUCGUCGCUCGUUUGUGUUCGGUCAGUCGCGUGCUUAGGUCUCUGCCAGUUUCACCAAUGUAAGAAGCCUGACAGUCGCAGCAUUUGAUCUUGUACACUGCUCCCUGUCUGUCCUCCGGUUUGUCUUUGUCCUUGACAUCAGCAAGCAGUCGCCGUAAAGUGGUUAUCGGUUUGUGUGCAACACGUAUAUUGUAAGGUUGUAAUAUACGUGCAAUAGUUUCAGAGGUGCCUCUGAUGUACGGUAUAGUCGCUGUAGUAACAGGGCCAGAGUUGGUCUGAGUGUUGGAAUCAGGGUUACUGUGAGUGUUCCGUCUAAAAAAGUCCGUGUUGUAAUUGUUCUUACUAAAAACGUUGUUAAGAUCAGUCUCGUCUUAUAGGCUGUCAGGUGAGUCGCAAACUAGUUACGUUCGUCUCGUCAGAGUCCGGAUAGUAGUAGCCUUGUGAGAGGAUGGGUUGUACUAAGAGUGGUCUAGUAAUCGGUUGGUAUGUGUCGGUUUUCUGUAAAUAGUCGUUUUUAGUUUGUUGUUGUCGCGAGUGACCAAGCAGUCUAGAAAAGGUAUUAAUGCUGCGUCAUGCGUGCAACACUUAUCUCAUCACUUUGUUAAUGUUACCAAAGACCAAAACUUGUCGCGUCCCGGGUCCGGUUUACCAAAGUUUUAUUACAAAUUACGACGGCUUUGCUUAUUACAAAUUACGCGACGAAGUGUUGUUACAAAUAAUUACAAAUUACGGAAAAUUUCUUACAAAUUGACAGGUACAGUUGUAUUACUCUAGACGACAACAUUAUAACAAAUUAGGACAAUUAUUACAAAUUAUUUCAGAACAGACGUGCUGUAUCUUUCCUAUUAUAUUUUGGAAGCGGAUAUUUCCCAAAUUUAUGGUGGCAAGGAAGGUCACUGCUACUGGAUGUUUACUUGAUAUUUUAACCCAGCCCCUAUAUAUUUUUGAAUUUUUUGUCUUGUGUGUGAUUUUCCGCCCUUCUGAGUUAUUUCUGAGCUUCGAUUUAGCUCAGAACCGGAUGCAAAAUAGUUGAACAAAUUUGACUCAUUAUUUUUAGCUUUUGUACAUGUGAAGAUCCUCUCAGCUCAACCCUCCAGUAAGUUAAAUUCUUGAAAACGGUAUAUCCAUGACUGGAUUCAGCAUCUGUUCCUUGCUGUGUGCAAGGGAGGUUUACACAAUCAAAUCAAAUCUGAGUUGAAUGUGUAAGGGUAAUUUGACUUUCCCAGUCUUGUUUUUCUUUUUGUUUAGUCCUGUUUGAAUCUCUAUUGUUCGCUACGGAAAAAAGGACAACAAAAUGUGCAACUUGCAAUACGAUUUAGCGCGUUUUAUCCCACUUGAAUCAAAGGUGCCAACUGCAUCACAUCAGGUUGUUACGGGUGGACCCCCCCCCCCCUCAAAAAAAAAAGAAAUGCUCUCCCAUGUUUCAGCAACCUUUCACACCACGCCACGGCCUCGUUGCAUGUUAAGUUUGAUUCGAAGGUGGUAGCCUGUUGCAGGCGAACGCCUAGAACAUGCAACGAAGGCGGUGAAAGGCGCUCGUUAUCCAACGAUACUUGGCAAAACAAGUUACAAUGCUUUGUUCCUCAAUUUAUGGUAACUUUACAACGUCGUCCCCAGUGCGCUAUUCCCUCAAGCCAGGGAAAAGCGCCCUGGGGCCAAGGUUGGUAACUUUACUGAGAUUGUUUUGCAAUUUUCAGGUACGUUAUGGCAGAGGAAAACCCCCUUGAGCUGCAUGUGGUUUCCCCAUCUGAUGAGGUUAUUACCCCUGGUAAGGCAAUACACUACAAAAUAGGGUCCUUUUAAUCAUGGAAAGUGCGCGCGCGGUAUCAAGGUAACGCACGAGUUGGUGGCUUAUAAGAAUUGUGACGCUUAAAAAAGUUAAAAGAGAAAUAUAGGCUGUUUCAUGGGUUUAGUGUUUUUGACUUUGUUCGGUAUAAUCUUUCUGCAUGUGAGCUAAAAUAAUAUAUGUGUUUUGCUCUGUAACAGAACAAAGCUUUAGCGACGAAAAAAGGGACGAAAGCAGCAGUAGGCAAGGUGACGGGUAAGAAAGAUAUAUUUUUCUUUCUUUUUUCAUGUUGGGGGUUUACAAGACCCUAUGUACUUUGUUGAACAUGAGAGUUUUACUUCUUUCGAAACUGGUUGCAUUCAGGUCCGUCACUAAGAUUUCAAGUUGCAGAAGUUGCAGGGUAAACGGAAUCAGUAGUAGGAGGGAAACUGGACAGCUUUUUUCUUUCUUUCUUUCUUUCUUUCUUUCUCUCUUCUUUUUUGUUGGGCGGGGUCUAUAUUCUAUGUUCUCCUCUCGAAGUAGACGGGGAUGUUGCUUAUAGUGGAUUUCAUAUUCAUGCUUGCAUGCACUUACAGCGAAACUCCACGAGUGAACGGAGCCCCAUGGAUAAGAAAAUCUGGUACUCUAUCCAUCCAAGAAAAUUUGGUUGUGACGUCAGCGUACUCUAACCGUACAGACCCUGGCGGAGGAGGAAGGGAGACAGGAGUCAGUCCGGGGGGGAGAAGGGGGGAUUAUGAUACAGCUGAGGUGAGAAAUUUCGCAUUUCAAGCAUCCCGCUCGUUUCAGGGGUAAAUCACAUGGCCGUCCGGACUUAACGAGUUUUUCUUUCCACUGAAUUUAAUUUCUACAUUAACUUCGACAACUGGGAAAGAGCUAGAGCGAGAAAUAAAUAAAAACGGAGACCAAUUUCGUUGGUAGAAAAACAUGAAAAUUAUAUAGCGGUACUGAGCAAAUGAGAAACGCUAGGGGCUGCCUAGGUAAAAAUGAGCGGCAGUAAAAAACAGGGUGAACAGGAACACAAACAUUUCCUCCAUAAAACGUGUAACUAGGAAGUUAAAAGAAGUUUCACAUUUUAGUGGUGCAAAACAACUGCAACGAAAUGUAAAAAAAAGCUUUUUUUUUUUUGCUAAUUAGAAUAAAAAGUGUGCUGCACGUACAAAGUUGUUGUUGUUGUUUUUUUUUCCACCUUGUGUUUAGUAUUACUCAAUUUUAUAUGUCUUUGAGGAAACUAUAAAUAUUAAAAAGAGCUUCGCUUUUAGCUCUGGCUAAAUCUAUAUAUUAUUUCCUAACUGCCGGCGACAAGAGGAACCCGCAAUCCUAAUCUCCAGGUUGUUGUUGCGCAUGCGUCGCAUGCAUGUAGAAAGUUUGUAGCCAACUUUUGUUUGGACUUCUGCUAAGAACGAAUGGAAUGCACAACUGAACGCAAUUUGAUCAGGCACGUUUCCACCUUCUACCCCUCGUAAUCUGAUCACGUGUGUCUUGACCAUCCGAUGGUCAAAACACACGUGAUCAGAUUACGAGGCGUAGAAGGUCGAAACGCGCCUGAUCAAAUUCCGUUCAGUUGUGCAUUCCAUUCUUAGUAGAAUAGAAAGGUUACGGGUGCGGGCGACGACGAUCGCCGGUUCAAACACAAUUAAACGCUUUUGCUCCAACGCUGUGUUUUUGCGUAUGUUUAGUUUGACACUUAGUAUCAAAUUAAACAUACGCAAAAGCACGGCGUUGGAGCAAAAGCGUUUAACUGUGUUUGAACCGCCGAUCGUCGUCGCCCGCACUCUAUAACCUUUGGUUAUUACUAGUAUAUAGAUUUAGCCGGGGCUAAAAGCGAAGCUCUCGUUAAAAUCUUUACUCAAACACAAAAAAAAUAAAAUGGUGUAAUGUUAAGCGGCGACGGAAAUGAAAACAGCCAAAAAGAUCAGUUGGUCAGUAAUUAGGAAAAACAGACUUUGCACUUGCAGGAGACUUUUUUGUACAUUUCUCUGCCGUUGUUUUGCACGACUACUUCCAGGAACUUCCAUAAACUUUCUAGUUACACGUUUUAUGCAGGUAAUGUUGCAAGUGCUCUUGUUCACUUUUUUUGGCUGCCGUUAAUUUUCACCUCGGUCGCCGUUAGCAUUUCUCAUUUUCUAAUGGUGGCUUUAAAAAAUUGAAUGUUUUUAUUCCUACGAAAUUGAUAUCCUUUGUUUUUUAUCUCUCGCUUCUAGCUCUUUCUCUGUUAUCUACGUCAAUGGGCGAACUGGAGACGUAUUAUCCGUCUGAGACGAGUUAUCAGUUGGAUAAUUCUCGUCAGACAGAUAAUUUACUUAAUUUGAAACUGGAAUAGCCUCCUACGCAGACGUUCUUAGGGCAGGAACGCAUGACAAACCCGGCUGCGUGGGAUGCUAAAAAUGGAACGGUCUUAAUUUAAGAUGGACAAUACGCCUGUUUUUAUGCAUCUGUGAAGUUUUUUCCGCCUAUAAUAACUUUGACGGAAAAAAAAAAGAUGGAUAAUCCGUCCCUAGUAUGAAAACGGUCAAUGUAGACACUAAAAUGAAUUCGAAAGAAAGAAUCGGCUUUGUUGUUGUUGUUGUUUCUCCAAAAGUCCGGGUGGCAAGACUAACUUUAGUUCUAAAAGUUUCUUCGCGCAAGACAUCCGCUACAAAAAAUAAAAAUGAGCUAAAAACAUGUCCGCUUUUUUUACUGCCAAAUUAGCAAGUCCAGUUUAUCCUGCCGGCCUAGCGUGAUCGAUCGAGAAGUUAGUUUUUAAGGCCAGGAAAAAAAUACUAAUAAUAUUUAAAAAAAAAAGUUUCAAAUUCUUGUUCUCGACAGCUUCAAUUUUGGGGACCACCUCCCCUUUUCAUUAAUUUUUUAUUGGAAAAGUUGGAGAGAGAAAGACUAACAGACGAAUAAUUACUUUCAACACACAGCAAAUUCGAGGUUGUAAAUUAACACCAAGGGAGAUAUACAUUAACACUGAAUUAGUGUUAUCAUAACACUUGCCGAGUGUUUCUUAAAAGAUACACCAAUUCAGUGUAUGAAAACACUAAAAUGGUGUAAUCAAGAAAUGUGGCACACGUUGGCGGUGUAAAGUUACACUACGUCUGUGUUUCAGAAAUCUUGCAAGAACUUAACACAACUGGAGUGUUAUUUUACACCAAAUCGUGUAUCAAAACACUAACACGGAGUUUAAUCUGAAAUUCUCAAUUGCAUAUCCCAGGUCAGAAAUGUUUAAACUAACCACCCUGCUCACGUGCAUAGACCAAAUAGGUCUAUUGCUUUUCAAAAAAUAUGAGAUGUGUGGCAGUGCUCCAGCAAUGAAAGCAGUUAUACUUCUUGGUGCUAAAAGUUAUGUGAAUCCUUUAUUAAGGAUGAUGUAAUUUCCUCUUCUUAAAAAUUGACUGAUCUAAUAAUGACAAUUAUCCGCACGUACUUUAUUACGGGCAGAGAACCCUUAAAAAAAAAAAAAAAAAACAUACACAUACACACCGUGACACGAGCAUCUACUACCAGGGCCCCACGUGCUUUCCGUGACUCAUUGAAAGCACGUGCUUUCAGUGUUUAUACGCCGGAAAGGUGAAAACAAAGAUAAUUGUGCAAAAUUAAAAUAUUCUAAAAAGACGGCAUUUGUCUUAUGAGCGAGUUAACCUUCGAAACAUCACGAAAACAUCGCAUUUGCUUUACUCCAGUCAAUAUUAUAUUUGUAUGCUGCGUGAGGCUCGCGAAAGUGAUCUUGUAAGUUUUAUUGAAACGCGUCUAUCAACGUCGGCAAGCGAACCAACAUCGGAAUGUUUUGUGUGCGGAUACGACCAAUCACAACUCAGUUCUAAAACGUUCUCACGGUUUCAUUAAUCCCUUUGAUUGCAUUGUGAACAUUCCUUUCAAGACGGUACUUAUCAAGUAAUGUUUUGUCCAAUCAGAGAAAAGCGGAAAGGUUUCGUGUCUUGUUCAACGUUGCGUGCUGUUCAUAUAUUCACGCACAGCGAAGCAGUAGCCGUCCAUUUCACCGUCUGUAGAUUCUGCACGGAAGAGUUAAAUUAUUUAGUGUGUCUGUUUUAAGGGUAAAACCUGGCUUCACUUAUUUUUCCUUGCGGAGAUGUUCAAGAGUGGAUGAAGAAGGAGGGGUAUUCAGGCAUUUGCCGAUCAUUUUUAUGGUAAGGUAAUAGCCUGUCCUAACUAAAUAAUAUGUUCUGCUUUUAAAAGAAAAAAACCCUCAUAUACUGUGACACGAACCUACAAUUCGUACAACGGUGUUCUGAUACAUCUUUCUUUUGAUUCCCCAUCUAACAAAAGUUCCCAACUGAAAAUGCACUUUUGGCGCGAAAUAACGGAACACGUUGACGUUUUUACUUCGCAUUAUAUUAAUUAAGGCCUGAAAGUUUAGCUUUAAAAACUUUAAUUUUCCUUUCUUAACUGUUUACUUUUUAACUUCCAAAGCUGAACAGGUUCGGUUGUGCAUGAAUGAGGAGACCCUGAAGACCCUCGUGCCCCCUGCUGGCGUUCUCGCUAAUCUUCUUCACAAGGUACGAAAACUUGACUUGAUAAAAGCACUGAAGUUCGGAUAAUUCACGACGUGUCUACCGAAGCGCGACCUGUACAAGAAGCCGUUAAUGCUGAAACAGUUGGCGAGGCAUCUAGCGCCCCAAAAGUUGAUAAAAAGAGGUGAGAACCUAUUUACACUUCCAAAGGGCCAGUGACUGUCACAAACAUCAUUUCAUUUUAUAUGAAAACGGCUAGGGGAGUAGAAGGGGAGGGAUUUGCAAAUUUUGUCCAUGUGGUCCUAUAUUGUAAGCUUUUUUUCCUACAAUCCGGUCAAUUAUGGAAAAUCCAAACUAUAACAAAAGUGACAAUAUUAUAUAAAGAAUUUACUAGCAAUCAGAAGCUUGCAACAUAGAAAAGUUAAUACUGACAUAUUUCUUAGGUAGGGUGGGUGGGGAGUUAGGUUCAGUGGAAGAAAGAAGACUCAGUUACAAUGCAUUAGUCAACCAAUACGGAGCGGUUAAAGGAGAAUCCUGGGAACGAGGUUUUGGAUUAGUAAGCAAAUUCUAAACACAUCAUUACCUAUUUCAUGUUACACCUAAACAAUUUGCCAAUGUGUGCUGUCCAUAUACAAUGUAAAAGAACGUAUAAACAUUUUCAAUCAUUCACAAGAGAUAUCUGUAAUGAAAAAUAUUAUUUUCAGCCAUCCUAUUCAUUUUACCAAUGAUACUUCAAUACUGUCUUUUUCGAUAAAAGUGCCUGAGACCAAAAACUGUAAAGCUCUGUUCAGUGAUACAAUAUUCGAGGCUGCAAAAAGUGUUAUUAAAAUAUGUCUGUAAGGUUCUCAAUUAUAUAUAUUCCCAAACAACUUACCUUUAUCUUUCAAUUCAUCAUGUUGUGGGUUUCCAUAGCUAUGUAAAGUUGGAUUUUCCGCUUUUAACUAGCUCCAAAGUUGAGAGGCCAGCCCGCUCAUUACUUGGAACAUGAUGAAUUGAUAGCUGGUAAUAAUUAUAGUUAUCUAAAAUUAUCAGAAAAACUUAAGAAGGAUAGAAAAACAAAAAAGAAAGAAAGGACGGAAGAGAGACUAAGAAAAAGGAAAUACACUCACAGUAAUGCUUCCACCCCCUUUGAACAAAUUUUUAUUAUUUGCGGUAUUUUUUUUUAGUUGGAAAAGAUCUGAUGAGGCAAAAAGGCGUCAGAGACUAGCUCGAAAUAAAUGAAAAAGGCUUGAAAUAAAACAAAUAAAGAAAAACGCUCAUGAAGAGCUAGUUCAAGAAAAAAAAGAAAAUACAGACAACCGAAGAAAAACUGUCUUUUGUCAAAAAAAAAAUCAAGAGAAGUUUCACCUACUGUGGCGUCAAACAGAACGUGAAAAAAAAAGAUUGCUUCAUUUGCAGAUGAAAAAUAAAACAUAUAAGUCAAUCAAUUCUUCAGAUAGUGCUGUGGCAGUAACAAACUCAUUCCUAGAGAUUCCACGGGAACAGAAAGUACAUGUGAAUAUGGACAGUGAUUCCAAAAACUUAAUAACCCUUUGGGAAGGAAAGAUUGGAAAAGUUACACUGGACUUGCCUUUUAUCGAGAAAUGCCUGUUGCAGUGAAACAAUUCAGUGAAGGAGUCUCGCAAACAGAAGUUGAGCAGGAGGCAAACAUUAUUUCCUCAUUUAAUCAGGCCAAACCUUUCAUGCUUGUACUACAAUCCUAAUUCGUUUUUCGGCAGGAACCAUUCAACCAAUUUCUAUGAUUUUUUGACAGUUUUUGUAAAAAUUCGGUUUUAAACAUAAGCUGAUAUCUCAAACAGUGUUAAACCUACACAAAAAUAAACAACAUUUUCUUAAAUUUGCACUAUUCUUUAUUAAGGAUGCCAAAAAUGAGAAACGCGAUUCAAAAACAUACCCAACGUGCAUAUAAAUAGGUUCGGUCCAUCUGAAGAAUUGGAUGAACAUACAAAACUUUCCAUUUCAAUAUUUAUUGACUUUUAUUAUGCUGCAGUUGAGAAAACACAUUUAUUGAAAGUGUUCUUUUGCCUCUUUUUUCCUCUUUAUAGAAUGGUGUUGAUGCAAAGAAAGUUGCCGAGAACAGCAAGGAGGGAAUGACGCCCUUCAUCAUCUUUGAGGGGCAACUGCAAGCCCCAGAUGAUAUAUACCUGAGUGGGGAAAGGAAUCUCCCUCUAAAGGUUAAUGGAGGACAUACCAGCGCCUUGCUCACUCUAAUAUAUGUUGUGUGUAAUAUAGAAUAUCCGGAAGAAUGCAGACACUCAUAUUCAUUUGUCCCAGAGAGAAGUUUUGAAUGGACAAUGUUAAACUAUACCGACUAAGGUAUUACAGCUCAUGAAUGAACUGAAUCAGUUCUGAGCUCGUAAUUAAAGCAAACUAAAAUUAAAUCUGCCCGACUUGUUGUGUAAUCUGCCUUUCACAUCAAUAGCUAAGCCGAACGACGACAACGACGGUGGCAAAAACGUCUCUUAAAAAGUAGAUCCACGUUGUUUCAAAUUUCAUCUCUCCGGCUUCUGUAGUUCUGUAAAGGACUAUAUUAAUAUUCGAAUUUUUAAAAAAAGGUUGCAUGAGAAAAUCGUUCUCUCAUGCAGUGUGCUCUCAUCCUCCGCAAAACUGGUGAAAUUAGGUAUAGUUAAAUGUCGUAGUCGUGCAACAACGGCAAGAAAAUAAGCAAAAAUAUGUGAUGCACGUGCAAAGAUGUUGUUGUGCUAAUAUAAAUCUAUUGCUUUUUUCGUAACAUUUUCGUCGCCGUCAUUGUCGUAUAAACCUCCCUAUAAAAAGUCUUAGAAAAGAAAGACCUACGGUGUACAGUCCUCUUAGUUUUCAACACUUGUUUUAAUUCAUGCUGUUUUACUGAAUUCUGAAGAGAACAAAGUUUUUAUUACUAUCAGGGUAAAGCAAUUAAAUGGGAGUAAAUUUACAGGUUGUUGUCGUAGCUGUUACUUUGUCUACUUUUAAGACUUCUUCAUGAGUUACAAAUAGUGUUGGCUCAGCACUCAAACGGUGUGUUAUAACACAAUUGGAAGUGUUGAUCUACACUAAUACAGCGUAAAAUUCCCAGUAGUGUAAAUUUACCUGACUUUGGUGUGCACACAGCUGCAAUGGGUUUUACACAUAUUCAGUGUCAUCAUUACCCUUUUUUAGUGUAACAAAAACACCAGAACAGUGUAAAGGAGACAUAUUUUUGGUGUAUUUUAACACCAAAAUUGGUUUACGUUAACCCAAUUUUGGUGUUACUAAACACCAAUAUAGAGAAAAUAUACACCAGGUCAGUGUUGCUGUAACACUGCAAAGGUGUUUUUAAACGCAUUCAGGAUCGUAUGUAGGUCAUAUUUACACCAUUUUGGUGUAAAUAUACACGACAGUAGUGUUAACUGAACACCUAUUUGGUGUUCACACAGCUGCAAAAAUUUACACUUUUUUGGUGUUACCAUAACACCUCGAUUUUGCUGUGCACCAAUUAUACUACAAUUCUGAGCGUUACUUUUCAUAAAAUGCGGCAUUUAUUAAAUACCGGUUUCUAAAUUGACGUAUUUAAUACACCCUGCCUACAUAUAAUAAGGCCUAUCGUUUGACGCAUAACCUUGCUUUAAACAUGAUUCAAUGUUUAUGUAAAACAAAGUUGUAUUUAAGCAUUCAACAUUUGGAGUUUUAUUUAUGACAAUUUGAGCGAAGAACUUCAGCAUAUUUUUUUAAAAGAAUUAGAAAUAGCCCGCCCACUCUACGUGUUUUGUAGAAUUCCAGACAAGAAACAUUUUUUUCUUGUCCUAAUACAUUUUUUUGGCCUUUUUUUGUGGCAGGUCCAAUGCUGUGGGAAUCCUUGUUGACAGUGAUUCGGACGUUCCUCAGAAGACUGAUGGUAGGUUUUAAGGUCUUAAUGUGACGAGCAACAUUUUGUUGUUAUCUGUAUUAUUACAACGCCUUACGUGAGUUGUUUCCCGGUGGCGUUAUAUUAACCUUCACUAAUCAACUAGGCUGUCUUUUGAUUGGAUGAGCAACAUUCUGUUAGAUGAUCUUCCAAGAAUCUGGCACACCGGGUGUUCCCUAGCUUGAGAAAACAGCCGACAUUUCGCGACGCAAUCACUGGUUUCCCUGCAAAAUAACGUCUGAAAAAAAGGAGCGCAGGAGUUCCAUGCUGGUGACGCAUCACUACCCAAAUCUGGAUAGUGCUUCUGACUGGCCGAAAAUUCUGUUCAUCCAAGAUAGAAUAAUAUAUUGCCUCCACCAAUCUGAAUCACCAUCCAAAUAUUGGUAGUGUCACGUCAUCAGUAUGGUAUUUCUGCGUACAUACACACAUAUCCUGAACACGAUAAGAUUUGAAGCUCAAAGCUUGUGGGGUCGUGUAAAAUAAUUACAAAUGAAUAUAGAACUAUAUUAAAAUAGGGAUAACUUUUGCAAAAUACAACUACAAUUAUAAAAACUCUAAAAAUAUGAACUUAAAAUGAAUUUACAUUAGUUAACUCUAAGUAAAAUGACUACGGCAUUUAAAACAUAAAAAAAUAGUGAGAAACAUUUGAAAUCUCGGUAGUGCAUGUGACGACGAGACGAGACAACGUUCCAAAGAAUAGCUCCUCUAUAACUAACAGAGUUUUUAAGAAACUGCGAGUUAAAACGCGGGACGAUUAUGAUAUUACUCCUUCUGAAGGUCGUACACAGUACAAG